AUGGCAAUGUAUGACCUGUGCAUCGUUGGGGCAGGUAUGAUGGGGUCCGCCGCUGCCCGUCAUGCUUCAGCGAAAUCAGGGGUGAAAGUUUGUCUUAUAGGCCCCCAAGAACCAAAGAUUAGAGAAACUGUUACCGGAAACGAAGUAUUUGGGACACAUUAUGAUGAGGGGCGAAUCAUGCGGGCCACCGCAACAAGCCCAUUGUGGUCAGAACUGGCCAAGCGGUCGGAGGAGAGAUAUAGGGAACUUGAGGAUCUCUCAGGUAUACAGUUUUACCACGAAGUUGGGGCACUAUCAGUUGGAACAAGAAAUGGACGAUUUAUUGAGAAGACGAAAUCCAGCUUGAAAGGGGGUCCAAUUGAUAACGAUAAUAUCGAAAUUCUUGCUGCAAAAGAACUAAAUGACAAAUUCCCGUAUCUUACUUUCGCGGAAAAUGAUGAAGGAAUCAUGGAAAAGAGACGGGCUGGCUAUAUUAAUCCAAGAAAGAUGGUUAUGGCUCAAAUUAUAGUUGCCGUCAACCAAGGAUGUGACGUAGUUCGAGAUAUUGUACUUAAUAUUGAAAAAUUACAGAGAGGAUAUAAACUUACUACAGAAAGAGGGAAAAAUAUUUGGACAAAUAAGGUUCUAAUAGCAACCAAUGCUUUUACAGGGAUGCAUAAACUUUUAAGGAACCCCGUAUCAUACAAAGCAAUGCCACAGACCGUUACACUUGCCGCUGUCAGUGAAAAUACUGCAAAGCGGCUGAGCCAGAUGCCAAUUGUUUUAUAUGAAGGCAAAGGUGGCAAGUCAUGGUCAAAAACUUAUCCGAGGGGCUCUAGUGACAACAUACACUUUUAUUUGUUGCCUCCGAUUAAAUAUCCAGAUGGGAAGUACUAUAUAAAAAUUGGCCACUCAGAUGACAUUAUAAAAGACAGCUUGGAUUUGAAGGAUAUAAGAAAAUGGUACAGUGGAAAAGGAGAUGAAGACCUCGAGAAAGAACUCUUCAAACUUGUAGACACCAUGUUCCAUGGUAUUCGAUUUGAAAAUCAUCAUGGUGAUGCGUGUGCAACUAUGGUAACACCAGGAAAACAACCUUAUAUAGACCUUAUUUCACCAACGCUAGCCGUGGCUCUUGGCGGAAACGGGUAUGCAGCAAAAUCGAGCGAUGAAAUCGGCAAAAUUGCUGCAGAUCUCAUCAUGUCAUCAAAAUGGACCUAUGAUAUACCAAAGGAAAAUUUUAAAGUAAAAUUUUCUGCACCAUCAAAGCUUUAAUAAAUUACCUCUGUUGUUCUUACGAUGAAAGAUUGUGUUUACCCACCUUCCGUUUAUUAAGCAUACCGUUAUAAAUU